AUGAGAUUAACAAACCCAAAUCGGCAAACAGUCGUCUCCGCCUACGGUGACGGUGUGAGGAUGUUUACUGCCAUUAGGAAGAAAUACCACGAGCGCCAGUCCACCCGGGAACUAGAACGGUCGCUCGCACGCGGCCGUACUGAGAUUCAAUCUCGAUUCGAUCAACAUCGUCAAGAGCUUGGCUGGCGAUACGAGGAAGGUGACUCGAUCGCUCGUGAGCAGAUGAAAGAUAUCAUCAUCAAAUUGCAAGGGGCAUUGCUGAGACACCUUCGCGAGGCGCAGGAGCGGGGGACCACUUUGGAUCUGAUGGCGUUGCAGAUAGAGUCCGAGCAGGGUCGCGCUCGCACUAUACUCAUCUUGGGAGAUUUAUACCAGCGUCUCUCGAGGCCGCCCUCUGUUCCGUCGUCUUUUUCGAUGUCCAUCGAUUCAACCUAUCGUGGGAUGAAUUUGUAUGGCCAUGGACAUUCCCCUAACGGUCCGGACAGAUACCUGCCAUUCCACACGUCGGAGAUAGGGUACACCUCUGGCAGAUAUCCUGUCUCACCAGGCAGUUAUCCACAAGGCCAGUUCCUACAGGAGGUCGUCUGCGCCUCACCGACGGAGACACCGGGGCCACCGGGGCCACCGGGGCCACCGAUAGAGAGAGAGGCUGCCAAUCCAAGACCUCGCACACGAUCAUCGGGCAUUGGGUCAGUUGUGAGUAGUAUGGGCGACUUCUUCCAUCCCAGCCCAGGUCGUUGGAGUACACCGUCAUUCCCAUCGUCAGCACCCGAGCCUUCUUACCUACCACAGCCCGGAGUAAACAAUGAAGUGUCGCCGUCGACGCCACGGCAGAUUCCGCAACUUGAUAUCAGACCAGCCACGCCCCGCAGACCCAAGCUGCGAUCAAGCUCGAUACCCCACGACGUGUAUUGGGGCAACCCGUGGAAGCAAGAAAGCCUCGCAGACUCCGACUCCGACGACGCCAUCAGCCACGCUCCAAUCAAAGAAGAAAACCACCUCCUCUCGCCGAUCUCCCCACCUACACAAGGCCGCCAAGAUUCCCUCUCCGCAACCUCGACCGCCUCAACCGACUCAAACACGUCGAACCCUUCCACCCGAAGCAGCACAGACAGAGCAAUGCAAGCAAUCCGACCUCUCUGGCCACCCAGCAAAACGAACAACUACCUGGGAUUCUGCAAAGGAGCGUGGAAAGUGCACACGGGAUUCCGGGGAUUCAAAAUCUACUCGGAGCCCGGAACCGGUUAUUACACGCAACAGUCAUGGCUGCGAUGCACCAAGUGCGCGUUUGAAGCACCCAUGGCCCCUAAGAGUUCCAGUCACAACCCGCAAUUCGAGGAAAGCGUGCGGACGCACAAAGCCAGCGGUAUUCGCUAUCGAUUCGAGUUCUUGGCGAAAUCACACGUGCCUUGUAAGAGGGACCCAGCGGCGCAUUUUGCUCCUAAUACUCCCCGCGGCACGUUUUGUUGUGUCUUUUGCUGUGCGAUGGCACAGGGCUCGACGCAGGUUUAUGGGAAUCUGGAUAUCUUUAUGGCGCAUCUGGCGGAACAUCAUUGGGCUGUUGAGAAGGGGACGUUGGAUGUUUUGCCUAGUAUGCGGUGUGUGGUUGGUCGACUGGCGCCUGAUUCGGAGUAUUUUGACGUGAAUAUUUUGCCUGUGCGCGGCUGA